AUGAAGAAAAAAGGGCCUUGUGACGAACGAAAGACUGAGUUACUAUUUUGCUUGCUACGUAGCUCUUGUUGCCAAGAGAAAAAACUCACUCCUCGACAGUGUUUAGAACCGGAAAACUUUCCUAACGAGUGUGCACUUGUCAGGCGUGCUUUCCACCUGUGUUGCCUUGAACCA